CCGCAAAGCGCAGCACCAAACACUGAACCUUACUGAUCCCGUAACAGAACUGAGAGCAGCGCGGGGUGAUGAACGUGUGUGGAUGAUGUGCGCGCAACAAGGACUAAUCCAAGGAGAGGGCAGACUCGGGGAUAAACAUCACCACAGUGCACCUUCCGCAGUCUCUAAAGAGGAGUAAGGACAUAGGAGAGGAGAGCUCCGAGAGAGUGGGCACCACCAUCGCAUCUCAGGGUGGCUGCAUCGUUCUCCUGAUUGACGGGCGGGCUGAAGGACCGGCAAGCCAAACCCACCGGUGUAGGCUGAGUCUAUAUAAAGUUCAGCAGCGGCUGUACAGCGGGUGUCUAUCAUCAUAUCAUCAUCCGCCUCUUCUGCCGCUCGACCUGCAGACUGACUUGGAUUUAUCAUUCCUUUGUGUUAUCUGGAUAGCAUACAGGAGCAAACAUGUCUCAUGGAUGGGGAUACGGACCAACCAACGGGCCUGAAAAAUGGGCAGAUGAUUUUCCUCUGGCCAGCGGGCCCAGACAGUCUCCCAUCAACAUUGUCCCCAAAGAGGCCCAGUAUGACUCCUCUCUGAAGGCUCUGAAGCUCAAGUAUGACCCCUCCGAUGCUAAGGGCAUUCUCAACAAUGGACAUUCCUUCCAGGUGGACUUUGUGGACGAUACAGACAGCUCCACCCUGACUGGAGGUCCUAUUUCUGGAACGUACCGUUUGAAGCAGUUUCAUUUCCACUGGGGAGGCAGUGAUGACAGAGGCUCAGAGCACACUGUCAAUGGCAUCAAGUUCCCCUGCGAGCUUCACCUGGUGCAUUGGAACACUAAAUACCCUAACUUUGGAGAUGCAGCCAGUCAGCCUGAUGGACUCGCUGUGGUCGGAGUCUUUCUCAAGAUUGGUGCUGCCAAUCCCAGGAUUCAGAGAGUUUUGGAUGCCUUGGAUGCCAUUAAGACGAAGGGAAAGCAGACCACCUUUUCUGACUUUGACCCAAAGACUCUUCUUCCUGGUUCUCUUGCUUAUUGGACCUAUGAUGGCUCUCUGACCACACCCCCCCUGCUGGAGAGUGUCACCUGGAUCGUCCUCAAAGAGCCAAUCAGUGUCAGCUCUGCACAAAUGGCUAAGUUCCGCAGCCUCCUGUUUACUGGUGAAGGAGAAGCUCCAUGCUGCAUGCAGGAUAACUACCGGCCACCUCAGCCUCUGAAGGGCCGUCAGGUCCGCGCCUCCUUCAAAUAAACCCUGCUUCAUUCUCAGAGUUUUCUUUCCUCUUUCCAUUGCUCUCCACAUGCAGUCUUUACUUAGCUUACAUUAGCCCUAUUGACAUAAACUUGAAAAGCAGAAUAAAGGCCUAUAUGCUUAUGAUUUCUAUCACAUAGACUACCUGGAUGUAUUUUGAACAGAAACUCUAUUAUCUAUCUAGUAUCUAAUAUCCAUGUAAAAGGCAAAUGAUAUUUAAGACACUUUCAUAUAUGAGGCAGAUGUUUCAUUAUGUUCACGGCUUUAACUCACCAAUUCCUCACCCGUACAGACUAAUGCUCUCUCACCCACACGGAUCAUUCAUUGUUUCAACUGAACAUAAAUCAGAUAAAUGCUACAGCAGCUUCACGUGCCUUAUAUUUGAGCAUAAGUGUAGGAAUUGCUGGAGCUGGUUUUUUUUUUUUUUGACUGCUUUAUUGGCUAAUUUCAGUGUUAUUUUUGUGUAACUUCAGCUGCUGCAGAAAGAGACAGACCUUUGAUGUAUUAAGAAAAUCAGACAGACAUUGCUGAUCAUCUCAUUUUGGCUGUGACAUGUUACGUUACCACUCUACAAAUAAGAACUACAUAUUUUAUUAUUUAAUGUUUGUUUAUGGGUUCCUUGACAGUCUGCUUUUUCACAGACAAAAUAUACCCAAAAUAGAACUUAAAAUAUUGUAAAAGUAGUACAUUUUAAUACAUUUUCAAUGAACAACAAUAUUUUAUUGAUUAGUGUCAGUGCAUUUAAUUUAAAAACUAAAGACUAAAGACUUUGCCAACUUUAACUUGGGAUCUUGUGUGCCAUGAGGUCAUUGUAGGCCUAAAUUCCAUUGAGGAUAUUUAUCAAAAAAUAAAAAUCAUAAUUUCUAAUUCAAUCUGAUUGCAUGCUUGUUUGUCUUAUCCUGAUAUUACAAGACAAAGCUUUUAUCAACUUUUAAGUUUCUUUUAUAUUCAUCUCAUUGUUGUGAAUUGUGCUGCUGCUGAGAUUGUGAAAUGUGAUUGUAAAUGCUUUUAUGGAGGAUUUUUUUAAGACUUACAGUCACCUUGUGAUAGUAAUGUUGUGGAAUACAUCAAUGUUAAUGCGUGUAAAUCGAGAAUGUGUUGCCCAUUGCUCAUUGCAAAAGAACAAAACCAUAAUGCCACUGCCACGUUGCUGAGGUCAUGGUUUUAGUGAAGUACAAGUGUAUUUUUUUAUAAAAAUUAUUGCAACUGAACUACCUAUCACCACAGUGCUUUAAACGUUGUCAUCAAGAGAGAAGUGUUAUAGAAACAAUUUAAGGAGUCACUUUUUAACUAGACUUACAUUAACAAAAGCAACAAAGGUCAUUGUCAGUUGCCAUUUGUCAUUAAAUUAGUAAUUACAUGAGCAAUAUCUGAUUCUUUGAACUAAACUGACAUCAGCAGCAGGUAUUCUUAGGAGACUGGGGCAUUGUGCCUUUCAGACUGUAGCCACGGUGAAACAGCUGUAACCCUUUAAAGUGUACCAUUUAACUGCUUUCAAAUUAAAGAUAGA